UCACCUCCAUACACUUUACUGUACAACUUCAUUUUCUAUAGUUUUCAGCCCUUAUUCAUACACCUGCUGUCCCUGCUGCCCAGCGUCCCGAUCACCGCCAUACCCCAUACCAGCAUCCUGAUCACCACCAUUCCCCAUACCAGCAUCCUGAUCACCGCCAUACCCCAUACCAGCGUCCUGAUCACCGCCAUACCCCAUACCAGCAUCCUGAUCACCGCCAUACCCCAUACCAGCAUCCUGAUCACCGCCAUACCCCAUACCAGCAUCCUGAUCACCGCCAUACCCCAUACCAGCAUCCUGAUCACCGCCAUACCCCAUACCAGCAUCCUGAUCACCGCCAUACCCCAUACCAGCAUCCUGAUCACCGCCAUACCCCAUACCAGCAUCCUGAUCACCGCCAUACCCCAUACCAGCAUCCUGAUCACCGCCAUACCCCAUACCACCGUCCUGAUCACCACCAUACCCCAUACCAGCGUCCUGAUCACCGCCAUACCCCAUACCAGCAUCCUGAUCACCGCCAUACCCCAUACCAGCAUC